GUCCGUCCCAAUAUGGCGGCGCCCGGGAGCCGGCUGGACAGCCGCGAUUGCCCCGCGGGCCGCGGUCUGACCCGCGCGUCCGUGGACCCCAGCGCCGAGUUCGGGCGGUGGAAGGCGCAGCGUCUGAACCGAGCCGACCUGAGCCGCAAAGGAAGCGUGGACGAGGACGUGGUGGAGCUCGUGCGGCUCCUCAACUCUCGGGAGCAGUUUGUCACCACCAGCUCCUGCGCCGGCCGCGUCCUGCUCCUGGAAGGGGGUAUAAACGGUUUUGAGGUUCAGAAACAAAACUGUUGCUGGCUACUGGUUUCACACAAACCUUGUGUAAAAGAUGAUGUGAUGGUAGCUCUGAAGAAAGCGAAUGGUGAUGCCAUCUUAAAAUUUGAACCAUUAGUCCUUCAUGUGCAGUGUCGGCAGUUGGAGGAUGCACAGAUUCUGCAUUCAGUGGCAAUUGACUCUGGUUUCAGGAACUCUGGCAUCACAGUGGGAAAAAGAGGAAAGACUAUGUUGGCUGUCCGGAGUACACAUGGCUUAGAGGUUCCAUUAAGUCAUAAGGGAAAUCUGAUGGUGACAGAAGAAUACAUUGAAUUCCUAUUAAAGAUAGCAAAUCAAAAAAUGGAAGAAAACAAGAAAAGAAUUGAAAGGUUUUACAACUGCCUACAGCAUGCUUUGGAAAAAAAAACAAUCACUGAUUCACAUCCUAAGGUCAAAGAGAAAAACAAGUCAUCUUAUACUCACAAGAAAAAGAAACCAGAAAAAACACAUGGCCAAUGUAUUCCUGAAGAAAAUGAUGAAAAAGUUGAAAGUGACAAUGAUGAUGAUGACCCAAAAAUCAAUUCUACCAUCUUCCCUGAAGAUUACUAGCAUUUACCUUUGAAGUGUUUUGGUAAAAUGUUUCCAGUAGAUUUUAUAAAACUGCUCUUUAUAAGAGUUUUUUGCAUGUAUUGUCUAUUUAGAAACACAAUAUUUCUCUAUAUUCAGAGAAACCCAUUUUGAUGUAUACAUGACUUUUAAAAAUAGUUUUGUAUCUUUAUUCAGUAUGUUUUAAUGUUUGCUCAUUUAAUACUCCCUUGUUAAACACAAAGAGAAUCUUUGCAAAAUUA